UUAUAAAAAGAAUAAAAUAAUUAAAAAAAACAGAGAAAGAGAAAAAAAACAAAAAGAAAGGAAUAUUAAAAAUUCAAUUUAAGUUAACAGUUUAUUGUAAAGCUUUUCAUAUUAGUCUUCUAUUUGAAUCCCUUUAAUAAAGAUCUAGAAUAAUUUGCAGAAAUGGCCGAUGAGGAGCCAGCAUCAUCCCCAGCGAAAUCUGGAUCAAAACCCGGUUCUAAAGCUCAAACCCCCACAGCUGGCUCAAAGACCGGAUCAAAAGCAGGAACACCAGCUGCUGGAUCUAAAGUAGGUACACCAACUGGUGGGUCUAAAGCAGAAUCAGUAGCACCAGAGGAGGCAGCACCACCACCACCACCACAAGAAGAGAAAAGACCUAUUCGAUAUUAUAGACAUUGGGUUCGGCCACAAUUUUUGCAAUAUAAAUAUAUGUAUCAAUAUAGACAUAAUUAUUAUAACGAUGUAAUUGAUUAUUUGGAUAAAAGGGACAAGGGAAUUAAUAGACCAGUACCAAAAGCACAAACAUGGGCUGAACGUGUUCUUCGCACAAAUGCGGAAAGAAGAUACGUUUAUUUUGAUCAACCCCCACAAGUUGUUGCGAAUCCGAAAUAUUGGGGUCCGUCAAUACCAUCAAGCGGGCGACUUUCACCCAUAGAUGAUUAUCAUCCUAAAGGAGAGCCACAUUUAAUAAUAACACUUCCAGCGGUUAUUAAAGCUCACAAUUAUCAUACAAAAUCUUACAUUAAUCAAAGAUAUCAAAGAGUUUUGUAAAAAGAAAAUGUAAAACCACACUAUGAUAAAUGAAUAAUAUUGAAAAACAAAAUUAAAACCAUAAUUGAUUUUAUCAAAAAUUAAAAAAUUUAUAUUAAAUAAAAAUUAUUAAAUAAAAACUUUAAUAUAUAAUUUUUAUUUUGGAAAAAAAAAUAACAAUCUAAAAAUAAACAACUUAAGUAAAUCACUGAAGAUCACAAAAUGUUACCAUAAUAGAUAAAGAUCCUUGGAACGCAACAAAAUUAAUGGUACGCAAUCAAUAUUCAGAAAUUCAAAAGAAAAAAAAAGAAAUAAAUAUUUAUAAUUAAAAAAAAAUAUUUAUUAUGGAACCGCUUAUAAAAAAUAAUUCACUUUUUUUUUGCCAAUUUUUUUAGUUUAUUUUAAUAAAGUUUUUUUUUAAUUGA